ACUAGUUAUUAUUUGUCUUAAACUGUUAAAAAAUAUUUUUCAAAUACUCUUUAUAUUUUUAAAAAAUGUAUACUGACCCACUGGCAACAAUAACAUUUUUUCAUAGCUAUGCUGAAACUACUAAAACUAAAGUUAAACGUAUUGAAGAACGAAAUGUGAUGAUCAAGGAUUUACUAGAAGAGAUUCGUCUUGAAAAGUUGAAAACAGAAAACGAAGCAAUUAUUGAAGAAGAUGAAGCUAAAAAGAGAAAAGAGCAGUUGAAAAAAACCUGGCAUAUAUUGAGUAAAAUUGAAAAACAAGUUGCUGAAGAUGCUUUAAAAGUUAAAGAAGAAGAGGAGUGGAUUCAAUAUAUGACAUGUGACGGUCUUCCAAAUCCUGCAAUUUUAUCAGAAUUGAAUACCUUUGCAUAUUUGCUAAACUCAGAAGAUGAUGUAAUAUCCAUGACGAAUAUAAAUCAAAAGUGUGAAGUCGUUACUUAUGUAAGAGGCAAUUCAGAAAACUUUUCAAUUCUCAUCAUCAAUAAGACUAAUUUUUCUUUUCAGUUAUUGUCGAAGCUAGAUAACGUUAUCGAUUUUUCUUCGGAUAAACCUAAAGAAUAUAUAGAAGAUUUAAAAAAUAUUCGCACUAGCUUCAGAAAUAAAUUGAAGUAUUGGAUAGAUUUAGCGAAUUAUCGUCUCCUUCGUCAUAUAGAAAGAGACAUGAUACGAGAGGAUUUGAAAAAUGCAAGAUACAUAAAAGAAGCCAAUGAAAUGAUUUGCUGUCUCUGGGCUUUGAUAAAAUUACCAAUCAGUAUUAAACAAGUUAAUGAUAAAGAUAGAAAAUCGAUAGAGAUUAAUUUUAAAGAGUUAGAUUUAAUAAUUAAAAUGCCUGUUGAUGUUGAUUGUUAUGCGAAAGCAAUUCGAGCACUUUGGGUUCAAUAUGACCAUUAUUCAGAUCAAGGAUCUUCUUUCUUAAUGCCAGAUGUACCUAAGAAAUAUCAAAUGAAUGAAGAUUUAUUAACAUUUUGCAACAAUGAAUACGAAACGAAACGACAAAUUCGCCAGGAUCAAUUGGAAGGUCGAAAGUUGAGGCUCGAUGAAAAAAAAUUAAUGGUUGAACGUUUAACGAAUCCAGCACAAUUCGUUACAGCAAAGCCUGAUAAAAAAUCUAAACAGUCCAAAAAAGCUGCAGGUCAAGCAGUGAAAGCUAAAAAAACUGAACCAGAACCUGAACCUGAGCCAUUGCCUUAUUUACCAACGCCUGAUGAAAUUAUUCUGCAGAAAGAAGAUGAAAACCGGAAAGAAUUGAGGAAACUUAUGUUCACUCGAUGCGAAAAAACGGAAAUAAAUCUAAGAAAGUAUAAAAUACUUGGUGGAAUAUAUCAUAUUGAUUUGAUUCAUCAACCACCUCAGCCUAAAGAAAUGAGAAGCAAUAUUCAAUUAACAACACUUCAGUUACCCAAAAAACUUCAGUUUGUACAAUUUUCGAGACCAUACAAAGCUCCGCCUCCAGCGCCAGAUUCUGAAAGAACUCCUGAAGUUAUUGAAGCUGAAAUAAAAGCUUUAGAAGCUGCAAUGGAACUUCUUGUACUCGUUACUUUAAAACUUUCUGAAACAGUAUUAUGGUUUGAACCACCUCUAGUAGCCCAUUGGAUUCCCGAGAAAAAAAUUUGGUCAACUCAAGAUGUUCAUGAUAUUAAAUAUAAUGAAGAAAAACAAAUAAUUACAUUCAGAACUGGCAGACUUGGUAUUCAUGGUUUAGCAGCAUUUAAAUUUGUUAAUUUACCAUUUCAAAGUUGGGAAAUGCGACCUGAACCAGGAAAACUUGGUGGAGUUACAUUAAAUAUUUCUGCUGCUGUAGUUCAAGUUGAAUUCAUUGUUAAGGAUAAUUUAGUAUGCUUAAAUUCUGUAGUUGGAGGUCCUGCUUCAGCCUUUCAAGAUCUUAUUGGGAAAUAUAUGAAGCUGGAAUUUCUUAUAAGACAAAUGCGAGCUGGUGGAUGUGAUAUGUUUCCGGAAGAAGAUGCAUUUAGUUACAUUAAAGGAUUGUCAGUGAAACAUCCGGUUGUAAAAAAACAUCUUCAAGCUUGUAUGGGACUAUUAUGUACCGCCUACAUGUUUGCCUGGUCUCGAUGGAACGCUACAGUGACGGCCAGACAAAUCGUUAUGCAAAUAAAAGAAUUACAUGGAUGUAAAACGAAAGAAAAAACGAACAUGAUGCUUUUAGUGACACCUUUACGAACCAUACUAGUUCAGGGUACGGAAGUGGGCUCGGAGUUUAGUGAUAAACCAAUGGACGGUGAAGAGUACAAGUUUUAUGCUGAUGUUUAUCAUCUGGCACUUCAUACAGCGGGAAUAAAGAGUCGACUGUUAAUGAAAAAGGUAUCGUUCAAGCUUGCUUCUACGGUAACAAAGUUACUGGCAGCUACCAAUGUUAUCAGCAUGUCUUCAUAACAGAAGAUGAUGCGAAUACAAAUACAUUGUCUUCAUUCAAAUCAUUUUACACAUAUAACAUAUCCAUUGUCAUGCUUACAAUAAGCUUCUUGCAGUAUGUGUUAUCAGUAAAAACAUCAGAUAAAUGAAUAAUUGAUCAAUUGACGUAGAAAUAGAGAGAACUUUCAAAUCUGAUAACAUCUUAAUGGGAUUAUUAUCUUAUUUCGUAUUUAAAAAUACUUUAAAGGAUUCUUUUAUCAUAUUGGAAAUAUUUCCAGGUAUUCUGCAACUAUCCAAAAGUCUAGACUGAUCGAUGUCUCUCUGAAAUUAAGA